ACUUAGUGCCGCGGCCAUACUGCACUUUGUUUAUUUUGUUGUCUCGAUUUCGACGUUGGUUGGAUUUAAAUCUGCAAAAGAGACCGCUAAAGUAUUCAGCAGCCGGAGAAAAGCGCGCGGCUGGUUCCUUUAAAUUCCGGGAGAACGGAGAACGCUGGCAUUUACCCCCCACCAAGAAACGAAGCACCCCGAGAACUGCCCAAAAUGUGCGACGAAGCCGCCGAAAAUGUGGAUCAUCAAGACCACCAUGUCCACUUCGACUCCAACACAGUGAAAGAUGGCUUCGAGACGGACAGCUGCGUCACAUAUCAGAGGUCGGGCGACACGAUCGUGGUGAGCCUGGGCUUUCUGCAGAUCAACCAUCGCUACCUGAUCGAGCUGAAGCUGCCGACGUCGCUCUUUGGCGACGCGGGAGCGCUGGCCGCCAAGUUCGAGCCGGUGGUCAGUGCCACGCCGAGUCUGCACUGCAGGAUCACCGAGUUCGAGGGCACCAAGCACGACGAGCACGACUUCUUCGAGAUGAAGAUCGAGUUCUUCGCCUACAAGGAGAAGCUGCUGCGCGAGGUCCUGCACAUCGUCAGCUCGACCAAUGCCAAGGAGCUGCUGCAGCUGGUGAUCGCCGCCCGGGUGCUGGGCAAGGGCAAGGGCACGCCCAUGCUGCGCACCGGCAUCCACUGCAUCGGCGUCGAACGGGAUGAGGACGAGUCCGAGGCAUCCGACUUCGCUGGCUUCGACAGCAAGCCCUAAAAUGGCAAACCCAAGUAUCUCGCCUUGCCGAAGACCUGUUUUCUUAGUUAAUUGCAGAUAUUUACAUAGUUCUUAGGUUAAGAAUAACAUGUAACGUUAGUUAUUUACCUACAUAGCAACCAAUUGUGUAUGUGAAACUCAUUGAGCAUUUGCAUUUAGCUUUCGGUUCCAGUUUUGCUUGUUGUACUUAACGUUUGUAAAUUACCCCGUGCCCGCAAUUGCACCUGAGUGGGCAAGCUGCCAGGAGUCUUGACUUUUAUAGUGUUAUUGAAGACCACAAACUCUUGAUUUUGACCCUAAGAUUAAAAUGUUUUCGCAAUUUGACGUUAAGAGAAUUUUAAAAGCAGUUUCGUAUUACUAUGUCUGUUGUGAACUGCGAUGGAGAGUCAAUUUAACAACCUUUUAAGCACUGAAGGAUUCUUUCAAUGGUUUAUCUAUAUUUUGUCCCAAUUUAAAAGGUUUUGAAGUCAGAAUUGCACUGUACAUACAUAGAGUCAUAUACAUUGUCUUCAAAUGCACCACAUACAAAAUAUUCUAAUGAGUAUGAUUGAAAUACACAAAGACCAAACUUUAGACCUUCUCCAGAUGCAAUUUAUUGUGUGACCAAAUCAAGGUGCUCGCUAGGACGUUACGCAAGGAGCAAUUAAAUCUUUUUGACUAAAGUUAGCCCACAGACAUAUUUACCAAGGGCGUUUUGAUAACCUAUUAAAGUUGAUAACGUAUUGCACUGUCAAAUGUAUAAAAGGCACUAUAACCAAAUAACUAGAUUUUGUAACUUUAAAUCUAUUAAAAACUGAUCGUGGAUAACCCAAUUACCGAUGUAGUGGAGCCCAUUUAACAUCAUAGGGAAUGCCACUUAAGUUAACUAUGGACUAGGCACCUGCAGAAGCUGCUUAGGAAGCCGUAAAUAAAAAUUCGUUUAAAA